AUGUCCUCCUCCCCGGAAUCCCAAUCUCCCUCCUCCCCCGACAGCCCCCGCCAUCUCGCCUGGCCUGUCCCCCCAGGCCCCGUCCCCGUCCCAAUCACAGUAACCCACUACAACUCUCACACCCGCCAACACACAACCUCAACCCAGUCCACAAUCCCAACAGCCGGGCCCUCGCCGUCCGGCGGCCCAACAAUGAUCAAAUCCCGCCGUUUCUAUUCCUCCCCGUUAUCCGAAACACCCAAUCCGCCUGACACAAACACAAACCUCAAAACACCUCUGCAAGCCUACGGUCUCGAACAGCGCGAGCCCUCAAUCGCAGAGGAGAAGCCGCAUCUGCUGAGACGGGUCUCGCAUGCGCUAGACGAUAUCAAGGAGGACUUUACGCUGGGGUUGGACCCCAAGGGGACGGCGGAGAAGAUCCGCAGUCGCAGACGUGGGUCUGUGUUUUUUGAGGCACCGCCGUCGAGUUCGCCUGCUCCUGCUGCUGCUUCGAGGCCGGAGUCAGCGAGGCCGUUGUCUAUUUUUUCGACGGCCGGGUCUGUGGAUCACGGGAGCAGUGGGAAUGUCGGGAGACGGAUGAGUAGAAGGUUUUCGAUGUUUGGGGGUGGGUUUUCGCAGCGGAGGAAGAGGGUGGGAGAGAGUAUUUCGCAGCCGAAUUUGAUUGGGUCGUCAACGCAUCUGUGA